UUCAAGCACACAGAAAAAACUUCUGAAGCAACUGAGAUCUACGUGACACUGUUAUAAAGAUGGCAUUUAUUAAAGAGGAGAGUCAAGACAUAAGGAUUCUAGAAGUAUUCAGUCUGAAACAUGAAGAUACCGAUGAACAAACAGACCUGAUGGCACUGAAAGAAAAGAGGCGAGAACUGAUAGAUCAAUAUGAGAGACUUGACUUCAUGACUUUAGAAACAACUUCAUCACCAAAAAAGGUUCAGAAGAACGAAUCUAAGAGUUACUCAACCUGCCAUCAAUGUGGAAAGAGUUUCAAGAAAAAACAAAACCUUCAAAUUCACAUCAAUGUUCACGAAUGCCAUCAGUGUGAAAAGACAUUCACAUGUAAAGAAAGCUUUAAACGCCACAUGAAAAGUCACACUGGAAUAAAGCCUUUCAUAUGCCAACUGUGUGGAGCAUGUUUAGCACAUAAACAAAGCCUUAAUGCCCACAUGAAACGUCACACUGUAGAGAAAUCAUUCACAUGUGAUCAGUGUGGAAUGAGUUUCGUACAUAAAGUAUCCUUUGAUUACCACACGAAGAGAGAAACCUCAGGAGGGAAUGGUUUUACAUGUAAAAGGUGUGGAGAGAGUUUUACUUGUAGAGGAAACCUCAGAACACAUAUGAGACUUCACACUGGAAAGAAACCUUUCACCUGCAAUGUGUGUGGGAAAAGCUUCACAUAUAAAUCACCCUUUGAUACCCACAGGAGAAUCCACACUGGAGAGAGGCCUUUUACCUGCAAACUGUGUGGGAAGAGCUUCUCGCGCAAAGGAUCCCUUCAGAUUCACUUGGUUGUUCAUACUGGAGAGAAGCCGUUUCCAUGUGAUCAGUGUGGAAAGUGUUUCAGACAAAAAUCAACCCUUGAUUCACACAUGAAAAGUCACACUGGAGAGAGUCCUUACAUCUGCAGAUUUUGUAGGAAGAGCUUCUCCGGUACCUCAAACCUUAAUGCCCACAUGAGAAUUCACGCAGGAGAGAAGCCCUUCAACUGUAAACUGUGUGAGAAGAGCUUCACACAAAAUGAAACUCUUAAGAUUCACAUGACCACUCAUACAGGAGAGAACCCUUUCAUGUGUGCUCAGUGUGGGAAAUGUUUUGCACGAAAAGCAAACCUUACUUAUCACGUUGGGCUUCACUCAAAGGAGUAUAAAUGUCAUCAGUGUGGACAGAGAUUCCCAGACAAGAGACACCUUACCUGGCAUGAAAGAAUUCAUUCUCGAAAGACUUUCACUUGCAAUGACUGUGGAAAGAGUUUCAAAUUUAAAGGACAGUUUAAUGUUCACAUGAGAGUCCACACUGGAGAGAAACCCUUCACCUGCACUCACUGUGGAAAGAGUUUCAAUCAGAACGUAACUCUUCAGAUUCAUACAAGGCUUCAUACUGGAGAGAAACCUUUCACAUGUCUUCAGUGUAAGAGGAGCUUCACAUAUCAAAGGGACCUGAAACGUCAUUUGCAAACACAUGGAAAGAAACUAGAACGCACUGCGAGUGGAAAGAGGCCGAGAAAAAGGAGCAGUUUGAAAAAUCAAAAGCACAUUCGCUCUGGAGGAAGGCAGUUUAAUUGUGAUCAGUGUAAUAAAACAUUUCUUUUUCCAUCACACCUAAAGAUACACCUGAAGAGUCAUGAAGAUGUGAAAACAUAUUUGUGUUCUUCGUGUGGGAAGCAUUUUAAAUGGCUCCGUAGUUUAAAAUGGCACCAGAAAAUACGCAUCUGUGUGAAACUAAAGCUCCUCUGUUCACACCACAGUCGAAAGUAACUCAAAUCUGAUCAUCCACCCUCGUGACUAUUUGCAUUUUUCUUCUCUAGAUAGACUCUUCUGUAUUUUUAACCAUCUG